AUGCCACAGACGCGCAGCCUGCAGCCUGCGUCAGGAGUGCGUCCCCCUUCUGGGCUCCAGCGCAGCUUCGCAGAUAUUUUAGGAAAGUUAAUUGGGGAGGGAGCGGCCCCGCAGCCGCAAGCUCCGACGAGUGCGCCCGGGGCCCGUCUCUCGAGGCUGCCUCUGGCGCGAGUGAAGGCCUUGGUUAAGGCGGACCCUGAUGUGACGCUCGCGGGACAGGAAGCCAUCUUCAUUCUGGCACGAGCCGCGGAACUGUUUGUGGAGACUAUUGCGAAAGAUGCCUACUGCUGCGCUCAACAAGGAAAGCGGAAAACCCUCCAGCGGAGAGAUUUGGAUAAUGCGAUAGAAGCUGUGGAUGAAUUUGCUUUUCUGGAAGGUAAGAUCUCUAUCAGUGGGUAA